CAUUUGGUCAAGAGAAUAAUUCAUGGAAACUAAUUUUGUUUAACAUUGUGCUAACUAAAAGUGGACGGAGAGAAAUUGAUGCUAAUGAAUUUAUAUUAAUACAAAAUACCAAAGUUCAAAAUGCAACGAAUUGUAACACCAGAUAAAAAUCAUGACAGAUGCAACCGUUCAUCAGGGAGCUUACGAAGUCAGUGUCAAUGGGCUCACAUUAUUUUAAUUACUUUGUCGGCUCUCGUGCAUAUCAUAUCAUCUAACGAUGAAAUCGUCAGUCAUAUCAGAAAAUGUUGCAUAAGUGGUAUUCAAUAUGCUGUUAAACAAACUAACUGCGAGAAAUACGAUUACCAAGUGACUACAAUACCACCAUUGUGGCGUGGACUCUGCCAUUCAACUUACGGUGUUUGUUGCUCCCGAAAGUUGGAAGAACAAUACUGUGUCGCGGGACGCUUAGCUGCUUUGCGAGGUUCACCCUGCGAUGAGCAGUAUAAUACCACCGCAUUCACAGAUUGCUGCCGUGGCUGCCAGGUCGGAUUAGCUGUCAAGGCCAGUAAUAAUGAUUGUAAAAACGCCUUCUUCUCAUAUUUCCAUAAAAUGGAAACAUAUCAUAUUUGUUGUGACGGAAGAAGAGACAACUACGAUUUUUUCGGCGGCAUAAUAGUUGAUAACAACGAUGCUGACCAUGUGGGCAAAGAAAGGAAAGUUAACCUGAAAACUGAAGCCAAUAACUAUUUGAAUGUAUCGGAAGAAGAAUUGGAGCCAAAUAUGAGUGACGAAUUAAUUGACAAUGCCAGUGAUGGAACAAUCGUACUUCCGGUAGAUGACGAUGAUAUAUGCGGUAAAGUGCCAAACCUAUGUGCGCAUAUUUGCGAAAAUACUAAAGAGGCGUAUCGUUGCAAAUGUAAUCCCGGACAUAAGCUAGAUGACAAUAAUGUGACUUGUUCCCGCAUCAAUAAUGGGCAUAACGUUGUCAAAGAAUUAGAAGAAAAUAAGGAAGGUGAUGGCAAUGAAAGAGAAUUGAAAGGAGAUGGAAUUGAAGACAAUAAGCUAAUUUUUAUAUCGAACUCUAUAAACAAAGGUGAAUCGAUGAGUUGCAGCAGUGGUUAUAAAUUUGACUUCGUAAACAAGAAAUGCACUGAUAUUGAUGAGUGCGCUAACAAAUCAGACGAUUGUAAAAGUAUUGACUACUGUCAUAAUACGGUCGGUAGCUAUCAUUGCUUAAGUGUGAAUUCGAAGAAGUGUGACCCGAACAAGGAGAAAUGCGAAAAUGAGUGCAGCGCCGGUUUUCACUACCAUCAUGAUAUGUGCGUUGACAUCGAUGAGUGUGCGGUUGAUGAAUAUGCGUGUGACAGCAGCCAGGUGUGCAAUAAUGAAAUUGGUGGAUAUCGUUGUGAUUGCAAGAUAGGCUUUAAUCUGGAUAUUACAACAAACGCAUGUUUGGGUGAGUCAGUUUUUUGAGAACACAAUUGUUUUUUCAAGUAAGUGUAAUAGAGUAUUCAGCAUUGAGUAAGAAAUAACAAAGGGUCUAGUCCCUACAUUUUUGACAAACAAUCUUUAGAUGCGGUCGAACGGGUGGGAAGAAAAUGAAGAGCGAAGGAAAUCAUCGCGAAGCAAGUGCCGUGUCGAUUUGUAUCCGCCCAGCACUAAGCAAACGUACGCUAAAUGUACAUCCAUAUGUAUGUGCAUAUUUAAAAAUGUGUGUAUACUCAUUCAUCCAUUGGUGUAUUAUAUGCAGAGAACCUUAAUGUAUAGAGAAGUGUCACGGGCUACGAAUAGUGUAAAUUGUCAAAAGUGAAGUCUAACUGCCGCCGUGGUGAGGCGAAACUUUUAACAGAGCUGAUUACAGUGAAUUCUCUCUUUAGUAUAUUGGCUCUGCACAGUUUUUGGCGACUGUAGGAAAUCAAAUUGACGAAUGGCCGACGGCAUUUUUAAGGCAUUUGAUUCUGCAUUUCUAUGUUCCCUUGAUAACUAAAAAAAAAAAAUAAUUUAAAUAAAAUACAAAAAGAUCAAUUGUAUCUUGUAUGUAUGCACUGAAGCGUAUUAUGCUCUAACCUAUGUAUGUACAUAUUUAUAUUCUGAACUCCCAGCAAAACAAUGCUUAUUAGUAUACACAUGUGCAUGCACAUACAACUGCACAAAAAACUCUACUCACUUUAUUCCUCUAAAUGCGUACAUAGGUGGUCCAAAGCUAAAAUUCUAUGCCUAGCGACUACAAGAACAAAAUGCAUUAAUAUGCGCAGCCGUAGCGGCCAUGAUUCGAGUUGCCAUGAGGCUGAACAGUCUAAAAUAGUCGCGGCGGCGCUGGACAGUUUCAACUAUUGUACAGCAAAACAAAAAAAACCAAUUCAUUGAUAAGUUCGAGCUCAUAUUUCCAUGAGCAAAAUACUUUUAUUCACAAAACGAGCCGCCCAUACGCCAAUUUUUCUCAAUGAUGAAAAAAAUUUACAUCUAAGAUUGAACAUAUAAAAUCAAAAUAGUCAAUACUAGAAUAUUUC